ACACACCUCGGCUGAUCAGCGCAGCAUCAACAACAGUCUCGAGCUCUCGCUCCGUACACACAGCAGACCGAGAGAGAUCGAGGAGCUGGGAGUGUACUAGCAGCGGGCAGCAAUAGACAAUGGCGCCGAAGACCCUUGUCCUAGCCGCGCUGCUCCUCGUCGCCGUCGCCGCCGGCCAGGUGCCGCGCUGCGCGGGGUUGGGGGCGAGCUCCUCCACCAACGCCAGCGUCGUCAUCUCCGGCAUGGUGCCAUGCUCCACGGGGAGCAAAAUCAACGUGGCGGCGGCGGCGCCGUUCCCUAACGCAAACGUGCAGGUCCUGUGCAACGGCAAUGCGAUGGCUGGCGCGACCGCGACCACGGACAUGACCGGGAAGUUCCUCAUGAGCUUGCCCGAUGCCAGAAAGGAAAUGCUCACCGCUAUAGUGGCCAACCAGUGCAAACUGGUCGUGAACACCCCGCUGGCCGCCUGCGACGCUUCCUUGGCCGGCGCCGCCGGGACGCUGGCGUCGCCGCUGAAGCUCCUGGGCAUCAGCACCGGUAGCGACGGCGGCGAUCUCGGUGGGAUCCUCGGCGGCAUCAUCGGUGCCAUCAUCGGGAUCAUCAAUGGCCUCGUUGGCGGCAUCAUCAACCUCGCCGCCCAGGACUUCACAUUCGCCUAGACGACCCCGGCCUCGAUCUGCUGGAGCUGCAGGCCUGGCCGUGGCCCUGUCGAUCUAUCGACGCCGCGAAAUAAUUAUCAUAAAUCACUAAGCAUAAAUUAAAUCAAAUCAAUACGUGUAGCAGGCAUGAUAUGUUCAGCUGGCCUGCUUUACUUUGUGUCGCCACAGCAUCGAUCACAUGUUGUGUUAUACGCGUACGUGCUAUACAUUAGCCGCCUACCCGUAAGACGCAAGCAUAUGCUUCUAAGAAGCACUUAUGCAUAUCCAUAUUGUGAAACUUUUACUUGUUGCCUCGUCUUGUCCGUGUUCGUGAGAAUCAAAACCUGUGUUUUGUUUCUAAGUGAUUGUCUCUGUUGCUUGUGCAUCGAGAUGGCAUUGUUGUUGACCUUGAUCGGGGAACCCAAAUUUGGAAUGGUGGUCUAUUUCUUUUGUA